AUAUCAGUAACAAGAGGAUCACUAUAACUUCCCCGAAUCAAGUCAGAGUACCCCGACCCUUUUGUAAUACUAUACGGAAGUGGAUGUAUAUGUGUAUUCUAUGAAGCAGGUCCAUUUUUGACUAAAAUGUCUGAAAACUGUUCAAAAUGACUGACACAUUUGAAGAACAUGGUGACAAACCUAAUGGUGUCAAACCAAUAUACAGGCUUAAAUGUGUCGUAGUUGGGGACCUAGGAGUUGGGAAAACAACGCUAGUAAGGUCAUUUGCCGAAGGCCCCCGGACCAGAAGUAUUGCUGCUGAACCCAAGAGCAUGUGGCAAAAGGAAAUUAAAAUGGCAUCUUAUAUCGUCAGCUUAUCCAUAUGGGACACUGCAGGUCAGGAGAGGUAUAGGAGCCUGACUGGAUCGUACUACAGAGGGGCUCAUUGCUGCAUCGUUGUUUUCGAUGUCAACUGUUUAGACUCUUUCCAAAAUGUAAAGGAAUGGUUUCAGAAUAUAGAUGAAAAUUCCACAAAUCCAGAAGAGAUAAUAAAAAUCCUUGUUGGAACAAAACGAGAGCCAUCAUCAAGAGCAGUCAGCCUUGAAAGGGCGGAAAGCUUGGCUGACCAUCUAGGGGUUUCGUACAAAGAGGUCAACUUUGGAAGCCAGAAUAAUAUCCGAGAACUUUUCGAAUCGCUGGCGGACCUGACUGUUCUUGUUUACAAAGAAAACAAUUUUCAUUCAAACAUUCCGGUGGAAUUGCCUCAAUAUCAACAGAAAAAAACUUACUGUUCCUGUGGAUAGUUUUACCCGGCAAUCAAAACAAGAAGAAACGCCAAUGUGAUCUACCUAUGAUACAUUUCAAAUUCUUGUGGUACUAUUACUCACAUGAGGUCAAGUGAGUGAUAGGUUUAUUACCAGUCUACUUCGCUGCACCGGGAUUCAGAAAAUAUCUUUUAGAGGUAUAUUUCCCAUCACCAUAAUGGUUCAAAAAGAAGAAAAUAUUAGAAAAACAAAACAAAACACUCAUUAUUUAUAUGUCAUGUUGUUUUGUUAGGGGUCUAUAAUAGAUUCGAUUAAGGAGCCCGUAGUAAUGUCAGAGUGUUAUCAUGAAAGUUUCACGUAAAUAAACAUUUUCAAAAGUUGAAAGGGAAUUCUUUAUGCCGUAAUUUUAUUUUGUUAUCUACAAAACAACGGAAAAAUACUCAUACUUGUGGCAAUACAAGUUUAAUUUGGUUUUAAAUAAUUAAAACCUUUAUUUGUCAAAAACAUUUCAUGUAUGUUUUAAUAUCAUUGGCAGAAUUUUUUAAUUAAUAAAAUUUUUGAAAAACUAUCAAUAACUAAAUGAAAUUGCAUCUACCUCUUAGUAUAGCUAAAUAUGGAAAAGAGGAGUGAUGUUGUUUUAAUUACCUGUACACAUCAUGUAAAAAAGAAUCAGAAAUAAAUAUGUUUAUUCUUUGAGACUACUCUCAUAUUAAGGUCUUUGAAUUAAAAAUAAACAAAAUGGAAAAAAACCCUUAAAAAUCUCACAACCUUCAUCGUAGCAAAGCACAGUUAAAAAUUACUAUUCUCUCCCAUAUGAAGUUGCUUGAAACCAAAAGGAUAUAUCGUAUAUGUAGGCCGUUAAUGCAUUUGUUAAUGUAAGUUAAGCAUAGACGAAAAUUAUCCUUACUUUAAAGGAGUUGUUUAAUACGCGAAAUUUAGUAUUAAAAUGAUACGAGCAUAACUCGUCCUAAAACCAGACGCUAUUUUUUACGAUAUUUUAUGACUAAGCAGUCAAAGCUAUAAUGUAUGUGCACUCAGGAUAAUGGCUCGAGACUGCAUUACCCAACGAGCCUUAAAUUGUAAUAUAUAUAUAUAGAGAGAGAGAGAGAGAGAGAGAGAGAGAGAAGAGAGAGAGAGAGAGAGAGAGAGAGAGAGCGAUUGUAUUCCUAUGUAUUUCAUUAUUUUAAUUCUGAAUACAAGACUAGACUGUACAUAACAUUAACAUAAUAAAAUAUAUUUUUCAAUUUGUUGUUGCAGCAUUUGUUAAUGCAAAGUUUUUUCUUAGCAACAGUAGAGGGUUACAAUGUAUGUUUGUUAAUAAUAGUAUUAUCGUCCAAAUAUAUUUUAUAGGCAAUGAAAAAUUCACACCUCAAGAUCAUAAAGCCCAUCUAUGUGACACAUAUCUAAUAUCCUCAUUGGAUAUUUUCCCUUUAAGUUAGUUUAAUUCAUCAUUUAAAACCUUUUAAAAAGGAGAUGAAAAUAUUUUGACAUCCCUGAACUUUUAACAUUAAUACUAUCGAUAUUAUCAUGCUUGAAAAUGUGUUAAUAAUUCACAAAGGUGUGUGUGUGCGAAAAGAAUUGAUAACCUGUUAAUUAUCAUUAACUGAUUUCGUUAAAGGGGCAUGUUCACGAUUUUGGUAAAAAGAAAUAUUUAUCCGUUUUAAUGUUUACAAUGCUUCUGAAAGGCGUUUGUCAUUGUCAACCAAUAUUUGAGAGUCAGUCGUCGUGUUAUAAACGAGAAACAGAGCUUACAACUCUUUGCCAUGUAAACAAAGCUUUGUUUACGUUUUAAAUAUAAGAAGGGAAAUUUCCAGUUUUAGACCGAAAAUGAAUGUGAUAAACGCAAGGUAUUAUUUUUUUAUGCUUUAAACGAAUUUAAAAAAAGAAAUUAGCUUGAAAAAGUACGUCAACCAGUAUAUUGAACCAAUGUAAACAAAAACAGGGCACGAGCCUUGUUUACAUGACAAAGAAUUGUGACCUCUGUACGACUGACACUCUAAUUUUGGUUGAAUAUUAGAAAUACAUUCCUAUAGCAUCAUAAACACUUAAAAUAGAAAAAUGAAAUUUGAUCAAUAUCGUAACCAUGCCCCUUUAACUUAUUGAUUAAACGCGGUUUAAACCGGACCCAAGAAGAUACCGGUAUGCGUAUUGAAUUUAUUACUCAAUGCAAAUGACAUCCAUCGGAUAUUCUUCAGCAGUAUAGGAGAAAAUACUUUAAAAUGUAUUUUAUUAUUAUACAAGGGCGGGAAAAGAAAAACUCGGUACAUAAAUAUAAGACAAUUUAAAAAUUUGAAGCUUCAAGAAAUCUGUUGACCAUCCAGAUUCCAUCGUGUACUUCAGAAGCGUGAAAAAAAAUAAUUGCUCGAUGGAUUAUAAAAAGGGGUUCUUAAAACUUGUUUGAACCAGUUUAAACCAGUAUACCCUUUCUUUGUUUUGCUGUUAUAAAGAAAAUUUUCAGGUAACGUUCGGACAUUUCAGGACAGGUGGUGCCAUAUCUGAUCAGAUUUUAGGCUUUUAGGUCAUGAACUUUUCACAGUCUUGUCCUGAAAUGGUUACAUUUUUCUUUGUUGUGUUUAUUUUCUCCUGGAAUCUACAAUGUAGUUUGAAGGUCAAAAAGUUGAGAGCAGAUACGUUAACGUGUAUACUCUGAAAUGUUUAAUUGUUGUUUCCU